AUGUGGUCGAGGUCGAGCCUCUGGCUAAUUGUGUUUACGCUCGCGGCUGCCGUUAGUGUCGAGGCAAAAGUGACAAUAGAGGAUAUAAUCAGGAACAGCGACAACGAUAGCUGGGACUCCGAAUUCGACAAUGCAUUUGCGCCCAUACUGGGCCGGUUCGGAUCGGAUGUCUUGGAGCUGCACGUGCACAGUUUGCGUGAUUGUGGACACAUGUUUGUGCAAUUUUUGCUGCGACAGCCAUACUGCACCAUAGUCCUGAGCCUAUUCGGUAAAGGAGUUGCUUCGCAGGCAAGGCAUCACUUCUGGCUCUUUACAAAUUUAGCCCAAAUGCGUCAAAGCCUACCACAGUUUGUCAAUUAUGGUGGCGUUUAUAUUUUAGCUUUGGAGCUAUUUGAUACGACUGAUGAUGAUUUGCUGCAGUUUAUGCUCAAAGUCUGGCAACAACAUGGUCACAAUCGGAUCUACUACGUGCUACCCGAGGCGCGCAUCUUACUUUAUAAUCCUUUUAAGCACAUUAUUAUGUUAGCGGAUGAGCCAGAUGCCUAUGCGCGCAUCUUUCGUAAUUUGUAUGGCCAGUCUUUGCGAUGCUAUAUCUUUGACUCGGUCUACUCGGCGGUAUAUGGAGAUGCGGAGGCCAAGCGCGUACUUAGCGUAUCGGGAGCCGAUGCUAAGCUCGCCAGUGUGGUGGCUGCCCGCAUGAACUUUACGCUGAAUUAUUUGUGGCCAGAUGAUGAGUUCUUCGGGGGCCGCUUGGACAACGGAUCCUUUAGUGGGGCUAUUGGGCGUGUGCACCGCCACGAAUUAGACAUUGUAUUCGCUGGCUUUUUCAUUAAGGAUUAUCUAACGCGCGGUAUCGAGUUCAGCUCCGCCGUGUACAUGGACGAGCUCUGUCUUUUCGUACAAAAGGCCAAGCGGAUUCCCCAGUCAAUACUGCCACUCUUUGCCGUGCGGUUGGAUGUGUGGCUAUGUUUUCUUUUAGUGGGUCCCGUUUGCGCUUUUGUCUGGAUAUGUAUUCGCAGGCUAAAUUUGGAACUGAACAUUGAGUCUAUCGUAGGAGUUGGACAGGACCAGAAGAACUUUCGAAGCACUGUGGUGCGCAUUUUUAUCGAUACUUUGGUGGUGUGGGUGCGCGUCAAUGUCGGCCAGUUUCCGCCUUUUUACUCGGAACGCAUUUUUCUCGCCUCGCUUUGCUUGGUCAGCGUUAUCUUUGGCGCGCUGCUGGAAUCAAGUCUAGCCACCGUGUAUAUUAGACCAUUAUACUAUCGCGACAUCAAUACUCUCAUGGAGCUUGACGAAUCGCAGCAGCCUAUUUACAUUAAGCAUCCUGCAUUUAGGGAUGAUCUUUUUGUUGGUCACGACUCGGCCGUAUACAAGAGCUUGCAUGCCAAGAUGCUUCUGGUGGGCGAGGGCGAGGAUCGAUUAAUAAGCAUGGUAGCGAAUCGCGGAGGUUUUUCAGGCGUGACUCGUGCCGGAAGCCUUAUGCUUAGCGACAUACGUUAUAUAAUGACCAAUCGCAUUCACAAGAUACCCGAGUGUCCCAAGAAUUAUCACAUUGCCUAUGUAUUACAGCGCCACUCGCCCUACCUAGAUAUGGUCAACACAGUUGUUCUUCGUGCUUGCGCGGCUGGACUCAUUGAACUGUGGACAGGCGAGAUGAAGGAACGUGCGAAGUGGAGCAUACACAAAUUUCCCGAGUACCUGGCCGCACUGGGCGUGGGAAAUUGGAAGGUUCUGAAGCUGACCGACGUGCAGCUGGCUUUCUAUGCGCUCGCCCUGGGAUGUGUUCUGGCUGCGUUAGUGUGCUCUACAGAACUGCUUUGGAAUCAUUGGCGCAAAUGA